GCCAUCUAGUAUAAGUACCGUCACGUAUUGCAUACAUCAAGGAGCGUCUUUCAACGACAACAUAAAAACGUCAAGUUUAUCGGGUGAAAAAUGAUUUGCCGCAAGUACUAGAUGCAAUGCGGAGCACUGUUUUCAAAUUAAAUCUACUAGACUUUUACUUUUAUUCACGCUCUUUUAUCCCGCCACGAAAAUGUCUUGGCUCAGCCGAUUUCACGGAAAGAACAACCACGAAUUGGUUCAAUAUCUGAAAGACUCGAAGAUAAUAAAAGCGGAACGAGUCGUCAAGGCUAUGCAGUCUGUUGAUAGAGGAAAUUACACGAGCAUUGGACAAGCCUACAUUGACGCACCCCAAGGGAUCGGCUAUGGAGUGACAAUCAGCGCACCCCACAUGCAUGGCUACGCACUGCAACUCCUUGAAGAUAAACUCCAAGAGGGUGGAAAGGCACUGGACGUUGGCUCAGGCUCAGGGUACCUAACCGCAUGCUUUGCUAUGAUGCUGGGUCCUGAAGGAGUCGCGAUUGGUAUAGAGCACAUACCAGAAUUGAAGGAGGCAGCUGUGAAAAAUAUCACAAGAGAUAAUCCUGAGCUACUAAGCAGCGGGCGGGUUAAACUAGUGGUCGGCGAUGGCAGGCUAGGCUGGCCCGAGGGUGGACCCUAUGAUGCAAUACAUGUUGGCGCAGCUGCAAAGGAAACACCUCAAGCUUUGAUAGAUCAGUUGGCUCCUGGAGGUCGCCUCCUUGUGCCAGUGGGUGCAGAAAACUCAGAUCAGACUCUGGUUCAAUUUGACAAGUCGGAUGAUGGUAAAAUACGACGUAAAUCGUUAAUGGGGGUCGUCUACGUUCCAUUGACGGACAAAGAACGGCAAAAACGGUCAUGGAAGUGAUGUUAUGUUCAAUGAAUCCGUGGUUGAAUUAGUUUUUUUUUUUUUUAUUCUAAUUUCAAUCGAUCAAUCGUGAAUUAUACUAUUAAAUCGGAUUUAUUUAUUUUUUCGCGAAAUUUGUGUACUAUAAUUUAUCUUUACCCAUGAUAUUUGAACUGUGUCGCCGAGAGCUGAAAUUAUCAAUUAAAUUUAAAUUGCCUCUGUCUAUGAAAAUCUCGUACAUAUUCAUCUUCGAGGGUGAGCUGCAGCUUUACCUUUUCAAAUCACCCUACACAGUAUUUAUCAAUCAAUCGAAUGUAGUAAAUACAUAGUGUACAAUUUUCUAUGCACCUCAUGGGUCGAAUAAAGUAUAAUCUUACGUUAAAUAUCAACUAUUAUUAGAAAAAUUAUAUUUACCCAAUCACGGAUUAUAAUUCUUUUAUUAAUAACAUACAUAAAAAUUUAUCUGUUCUUAUUUCUCUAGUGCUAAAUUACUAUAAUUUCUUUUUCUUUUAUCUACAAUCAUAAAUAAGAUCACUAAAAGUUUGUCUAACUGUACUGCAUCGAUCGAACGUAGAAUCGGAUCUAAAAUAUUACUAUUUUACGAUUUGACGUUCCUCAAAUGAUGCAACGUUACAUUAUUUUACACAAGUUUAUGAAUUUAUUCAUACGAUAUACAUUUACUAAUUGUUGACGGGUACACAUCAAAUAUCGAGCUGCUGCGUUAACUUGAGUAGAUUCUCGUUAAAACAUUGUUCCACUGUGGAAAUGUGCAUUUUCAGGAGUUCUGUGAUACGCAAAUUUAGGUAAAAUAUCACGAAUUUUGUAAAGUAGAAUAAAAAAAAAAAAAAAUAAAAACAAACAGAAACUCACUUGUACACGCAACACAAUUUAAAAAGCAUAAUUUACUUUCAUUUCGUUAUGGUUGAAAAAAAUCCGAAAAUCACUGUUUAAAAUUACAAAUUUCAUAUACCUUAUUACGUACAAUCGGUACUCAGCUGAGUAAAAAAUAUUGAGAUACCGAAUAUAUUUUGAACCACAGUGAAACCCGUAAACUCCUAUUUAUCUCGUCAUUUUUACAAAUCGUGUAAAUACAUACACAUAAUCACGUAAAGAUGAUAUUUGAUUUGGUCGGUCAUAAGCUUAGUACCCUAUUUGUGCCGGCUUUGAACUAGA